GCAGCAGGCGAAGGAAGAAGGGGAAAGAGAGGAAAAAAAGAAAAAUAAAAAAAAAACACAAAACCUGGUUCUUUUUUCUCUCUUCUUCUUCUUUCUCCUCUCUUCUCAUUCUUCUUCUUCUUCCUCUCUCUCUCUCUUUCUCUCAUCACUGCGAUGCUAAUUUCUUUUUCACACUCUCUCACUAGAAAAAAAAGAGAAAAAUCAAAGAUAUAGUUUUUAUUUUUUCUCUCUCUAGCUAGGACACUUCACAUUCAUUCUUUGCUUGCUCCUUUUAUAUCACGAGAUCCCCAUCUCUUUCUCUCUUUCCUUUCUUUCUCCUUCUUCACAUUCAUGUCUUGUUCUUGUUCUUGUUCCAGGCCUCUGAAACUCGUGCUUCUUCACUCUCUGUAGCUUCUUCAUUUUCGCACAUUGCAGUUUGAGAGAGAGAGAGAGAGAGAGAGAGAGUGGAAAGAGGGGAAAAGAGAGGUUCGAGAAAGUUCCAACUUUGAGGCCAUAUUCAGAAACCAUUCAGCUCGCCCUUCACAAUGUCGCAUCCGGGGAAGCCCGUUACCGAGUUGGAUUCGGUCACUGACCGAUUCCGUGACUCACUGAGUUGCGAGGCCGCCAGUCGAGACGCUAACAAACCAGAUUUCCGCGAACUCGAUCUGGGCUCGCCAGUAUCGCCGCUUCGUACGGCUCACCACGCAGUCGGCGCCGCUGGAAACGGAGGACCCGCCGCCAGUAGCAGCUCAAGCUCAUCCGGAUCCUUCUCGGGUCGAACCAACCCGGUUUCCAGAAGAUCCGAUUCGGGACACACCAACAGCAACGGCAACAACAACCACUCUGGCGAGCUUUCUGGUUCAAGUGAGAACAGCCCAACCGCAACCGGCGGCGGGAACACUCGGAUCCUGAAACCGGGUCAAGCGAGAUCUGAUUCAAUCUAUUCAGGUCAGAACGGAGGCUCCUCCUCCUCUUCCUCCUCAGCCGUGAAUUCGCCGCCGCUGAACGUCCUCCCCACCGGAAACAUCUGUCCCUCCGGUAGGAUCGUGAAGACAGGCAUGGCGGCGAAUCGGAGCUCGAGGAGCGACGUUUUGGGCUCCGGCAUGGGGAAUUACGGCCACGGAAGCAUAAUUCGCGGCGGCGGAAAGAGCGGCAGCAGCACGCCUGAUUCGCCAGGGAUCCCAAGCGUGCGGUCGAGCAGCGGCAUUGGCGGCGAAGGCAAUGUGGCGAAGAGGGGAGCGACGCAGGGUUCGGAUCCGGAGGAGCUGAAGAGAGCUGGGAAUGAGCAUUACAAGAGGGGCCACUUCGCCGAGGCAUUAGGGUUAUAUGAUCGGGCAAUUGCGCUUUCUCCGGCAAGUGCCGCCUACCGGAGCAACCGCGCGGCGGCCCUUACAGGUCUUGGGAGGCUAGGUGAGGCUGUGAGGGAGUGUGAAGAGGCUGUGAGGUUGGAUCCUAAUUAUGGCAGGGCUCAUCAUCGUUUGGCAUCUCUUUUCUUAAGGUUGGGGCAAGUUGAGAAUGCAAGGAAGCACCUUUGUUACCCUGGGAUGCAUCUGGAUGCGUGUGAGAUGCACAAGUUGCAAUUGGUUGAAAAGCAUAUUGCCAAAUGCGGAGAUGUAAGGAGGAUUAGGGAUUGGGAAAGUGUUGUUAGAGAAGUUGAUGCUGCUAUUGCUGCUGGAGCUGAUUCUUCUCCUCAGCUCUUUAUGUGUAGAGCAGAAGCACUGUUGAAGUUACACCAAAUUGACGAUGCAGAAUCAAUUUCGAUACAUGUACCCAAAUCGGAGCCACUUACUAUUUCCUCUUCUCAAGCUAAAUUUUUUGGAAUGCUUUCUGAAGCUUAUGUGUAUUUCGUGAGAGCUCAGAUUGAGAUGGCAUUGGGAAGGUUUGAGAAUGCAGUUAAAGCAGCCGAGAAAGCCAGUCAAAUGGACCUCCGUAACGUUGAAGUUGCUGUUUUGGUGAACAAUGUGAGGAUGGUGGCGAGAGCUCGAGUGCGUGGCAAUGAUCUUUUCAAAUCAGAAAGGUUUACCGAAGCUUGCUCCGCAUAUGGAGAUGGUUUGAGGCUUGAUCCUUCAAAUUCAGUUCUAUAUUGCAACAGAGCAGCUUGUUGGUUUAAGCUUGGGCAAUGGGAAAGAUCAAUUGAAGACUCCAAUGAUGCUUUGAAAAUCCAACCUAACUACACUAAAGCUCUUCUUCGAAGGGCCGCAUCAAACAGUAAGCUUGAAAGGUGGGAAGAGGCAGUCAAGGACUAUGAGGUCUUGCGGAAAGAACUUCCAAAUAACAAUGAAGUUGCUGAAGCUCUUUUCCACGCACAAGUUGCAUUGAAGAAAUCUCGUGGGGAAGAAGUAUAUAAUUUAAAAUUCGGCGGUGAAGUGGAACAAGUGUCGGGUCUUGAGCAGUUUAGAGCUGCAAUAACUUUACCAGGUGUUUCUGUUGUCCAUUUUGAAAUUGCAUCUAACUCGCAAUGCAAGCAAAUAUCGCCCUUUGUGGAUACACUAUGUGGUCGAUAUCCAUCCAUCAACUUCCUCAAGGUGGAUAUUCAAGAAAACCCAACCGUUGCAACUGCUGAGAAUGUUAGGAUCGUACCAACCUUCAAGAUAUACAAAAACGGCAGCCGAGUGAAGGAAAUCGUGUGCCCCAGUCGCGAUAUGUUGGAACAUUCCGUGAGGCAUUACAGUUUUUAGAAUUCAUGACUUUGCACUUGCUUCUGCAUUUCCCAUGUUCUUGCUACUGCCCAAAACCUCCGUUCAAACUCUCCGGUCCCAACUACGGUUCUUCCAGUCUCUUUGAUCCCAUCAUAAAAGCGAUCUCCCGAUACCUGUGACAUAGUCGAUAAAACCAAGAUAAUAAUAUCUCUUUAGCAGUCAAAUGCCAUUGGAACCCAGAGAUAUAGUCUUAGUAGUACCCUUUUGGAGUUCUUAUUUAUUCAUUCAUUCCCCAUUGCUCUUUGGUUCCAUGCUCCUCCCAAAUUCCCUUGGUCAAUUUUCUUUCUUUUUUACUAGGUCAGCACUUCUUGUAUCAUCAGUUUCUUUAAGGUAAAAAAAAUGAAAAAAAAAGGAAAAAAAAAAGGAAGAAGAGGAUUUUAUGUCUGUACAAUUGAUUUAAUUAUCAUUUUUAAAUUACCUUCUAAGAUAGACAUAUAUAUAUAUAUAUAUA